AUGGUGACAAGUCUAGAUGACAUUCAAUCUGUGAAAUUUUGGAAGGCGGUGAUUGCCGAGUUCCUGGGUACCAUGUUAUUGGUGCUGGUAGCAUGUGGUUCCUGUAUUACUCUAGGAAAGGCUACAGCACCAACUAUUACUCAAAUUUCGCUGUGUUUUGGACUCAGUGUGGCCACUAUCGUAUGGAAUAUCGCCCAUGUUAGUGGUGGACAUAUCAACCCUGCUGUAACUGUGGGAAUGUUCGCUGCAAGGAAGAUCAGUUUAGCUAGAGCCUGUUUCUAUGUCCUGUUCCAGUUAGUCGGAUCUAUUGUAGGGGCGGGUCUGUUAAUGGCGAUGACUCCAGUUGAAAAACAUGGGACACUGGGAAUGACAUUAGUGUCAGACAAAAUUAACAUUGGACAAGCAGUUGGAAUUGAAUUCUUCAUCACCUUUAUAUUGGUAUUUACUGUGUUCGCUUCCUGUGAUAGCAAGAGAAAAGAUUUGAAUGGUUCCAUUCCUUUAACGAUUGGCCUGUCGGUGACAAUGUGUCAUCUGUUUGCGAUUCAGUAUACUGGCUCCAGUAUGAAUACAGCCAGGUCGUUUGGUCCAGCUGUUAUAAUGGCGGUGUGGGAUCAUCAUUGGGUGUACUGGUUGGGUCCAAUAUUGGGUGGUGCUGUGGCAGGUAUUCUUUAUGACCAUGUGUUCGCAUCCAAUUCCUCUCUACAGAAAGUCAAGGCCUGUCUGCUGACCAGUGCUUAUGACGACGAUAAAUACCAAGCACACAAAAUGAAGAUUCGUAUCAUAGAAGAAGAAGAAGGCCAGAAAGAAGAGUUGGAUUUUUUGAACAAUGAGAAUUCUAAAGAUGAUGCGAGAAUUUGA